AUGGUUGCAUUAAAGAAACUAUUCCAGACGGACAAGUCUCUGUCUCGUCCAGCAACCAGUCUCGGACUUCAGGGUUGUGGAGUAGACCAACCCUAUUUUCAUGCGGCGGUUGACUCGCCUACACGAAGUCACUUUGAGGGUUUCCCGUCCAGAGAUUCGCAGUCACUAGAUGUGGCCCAUCAUUUUGAUCAGAUUGAGAAGCAAUUUGAAGAUCUACAUGAUCGACUGGCACGGCCGACAUCUUCUCGACCCCAAUUGCGAUCUCUUAGCACUCAUUGUGGGCCUCCCAAACCUCAAAAUGGCCGACAUAUCGACUUGAUGGAUGCUCUGUUCUCCACGGAACGCAAUCAAACAAUUACCCCGGAACCCCUUUCUCCUGCCAGCCUAUACAAUGAAGAUGUUGCGGAACGAAACAUGACCAGGUUUUUACGGAUCCAAUACCGGAAUGGAAUUGCCAGCUCGGGCAUACUUUCGGCCCUUUACCAAGAGGAUGUGGCCGAUAGGAACAUUGCGAAAUAUAGCAGCCCUGGUCGCUCGUUGUCUCACUUGAGUUCUCGGUCAUCGCCAGCUGCACCUGGUAGAGUACGGAUCCCAGAAAGCCAACGGCGCAAAGCCAGGAAGCGCGAUCCAGGGAAGCCUGCCUGGGCAUCAGCAGAUAAUCUACGGACAAAGCUCUCUCCAGAUGAUGGCCCGGGCACUUUAUCUCCACGAUCACAGUCCCAUAUUAGCAACCACCUUAGACACCAGAGAUCUGCGCCGAGUCUGUCUGCGGACGAAGACUUUGUCCCACAAGAAGAUGCACCCCCCACUCCUAUCCAGCGGUUGGGUGUUCCUCUUGCCUAUAAACAAGGCAAAAGGUGGAGCAACACUCCUUUGCCUGAUAGCCCUACGAUUCCUAUCCCCAUGGGUGAUAGUGAUGGCACCGCCGUGGUUCCUUCGGUGCCGCGACCACCUGCUACAAUAGCUUGCUGCACGCAAAGUUCGCUCCCUCCGCCACAGUUAUCAGAGCCAGGCUCCAAAAAGAAUGCGCGAGGACUCUCGAUCAAUACACAACUAGCUGCCAAAGGACGCCCAAAAAUUGGGCACCGUGCCAUCCAGCCUCCAACGCCCUCAACAGGCGAAUUGAGACAGGCUCCCAGCAUUGCAGAGGUGAUGAACAGUCCUCUGCCAGUUCCUAGCCCGAUCAGUCCCCCAAAAUCACCCCCACACUUCAAAGCCUCGGACAUUAUGGACUUUUUCAGCAAGGCUUAUAAGGCCACCCAAAGCUCCCACCCAACCUACGAGACGCUACAAGACACUAUUGUCCGCGAGGUCAAUUCCCACGAGGCAUUCCGUCGAGUCUGUGUGCCUGCCCCUGGGCCUCCAUUCACACCCUCACCAGAGCAAGACGAGUUCACCAACGGCUCCAGACCAGCAACCGCUCUCCACCGAAGCGCCUCAGCGAAGAACCGACUCGUGAACAAGAACUCGUUCAAGCACAAAAGAACCCCCGAAAUCCGCCGUAGCACCUCAACCAGCGUCGGCUACGACCGCCUCCUACGAAAAGUCUCUGGCUCCCCCCCUCGCCGUCGACACACAGACGCCCCAGCCCCUACCCCAGACUUCCUGGCCGAAUUUCAACACGACAAAGAGCCCAUCAUCACCCGCUCCGGAUCAGGAGAGCCAAUCACGUACCUAGACGUGCUGAAUGCAAGCAGUGAACAGCGACCUAUCUCAACCGGCGGUUGCGUAAACCCCUCUGUAUCUCGCCAACAAGGACGCUCAGAAUCCAUCGGUAACCCUACCGCCAUGGCCUGCUCAGCCCCUGAUGUGCCUAUCGUUCCCGGGACAAUCUACUGCAUGCAAGCUCACUCGGCUCCUUCGAGUGAUGACUCGAAUGAAGACAGCGACGAUGAUAUCAUUCAUCUCCCUAACUUGAGCACGUCGCGCGUGCAGAUUGAAGGUGUAGACGAGAAUAACAUCCGUUAUGUCAUCCAUGCUGCUUCGGAGGAUGAGGCGCAGAAACUCAUGUACUGGCCUCGGCAGAUCCGCCGCGGUGGUGCCUCCUAUCCUUAUGGGAAUAGUCUGUCGCCGUUGUCUCGUGCUCGCAUGCAGCUUCGUGGUUCACGCUCAGUUGAGACUUACUAG